UGGUCACUGAAUAUGUUUGUUCUGAGGUAAAUGUGACAUUGUUUACAAGCUGUUAUUAACGUCUUUCCGCGGUUGAAACACUGAUUAAGCGAUUACACGAGACAUGAUACAGAUUUCGUUAAGCUGUACUGUAUCUUUUAACAUACCUUCAGAUGUUUAUUCGUGUUUAUUUCGCGCUGUAACUGGUAUUAACGCUGAGGAACGGAAGAGAGCCAAAACGAUCUCCUGUCACUCCAGACUGAAAACCGCUGAUCAAACAUCAAACUUGUCUAAAAGUGUCCUGUACCUUUAAGGUUUCUCAUAGACUAGAUAAACUCGUCUUGUUCGGUGUGUCAGGUCACUGAUGGUCAGUGAUGUCUCUGCUGGUGUUCUCCGUGCCUCUGCUCCCGGUUGUGGCCGUGAUGACGGCUCUUUUCCGCUCACCGCUGUCGGCCCUGUGCCGUCAGGUGUAUUCUGGCAUACUGAAGCUUUCUCACAGGAAGGUCUGUGUCAGCUCCACUCACGCCUAUGUCUUCUCCAACUGCACCCACGGACAGGCUCAGAGUGUUCUGCUGACCUUUGACCUCUACUCCACCACACACGCCUCCUCCAACAUUGGCCCUCAGAAAGGAGCGUUUCUGGAUGAGAUUGUGACGCGUGAAGCUCCGCUGAGGGUUUUGGAGUUGGGGACACACUGUGGCUACGCUUCCGUCAGGAUUCUGCGUCUGCUCCCUCCGUCUGGAAAACUGCUGACUGUAGAGCUGGAUCCUCUGACAGCAGAUCGAGGGGAGGAGAUCAUACUAGUGGCAGGCUUCAAAAACCAGCAGUUUCAGGUGCUGACAUGCUCCUCGGCUGAGGCCAUCUCUUCUUUACCCUCUCACACUGGGAAUGAUGGACUGGAUCUGGUUCUAAUGGAUCAUGACCCUGAGCUUUACCUUCAAGACCUGCUGGCCUUACAGAGAGGGAAUCUGCUCUCUACCUCCUGUGUUGUGUUGAUCAACAGAGCUCUGAAGCCUGGAGCUCCAGACCUUCUGGAGUACGUGACAGCCAGACCGCAGAGCUUCAGCGUGGGCAGACAACUCCAUGGACUGAUGGAGAUACGCUGCCAUACAGGAAUGAGUCCUCAAACCCACAACUGAGUUCACAUUUCAGCACUUCUGCUUCCAUCGGCCCAAAGUCAGUGGGUUUCUGGUUAAAUCUCUGAAAUAAGGUCUGUGGUUAACACAAGUUCAAGAUAUUCUCAUGUUUUAAUCUGUCAAACAGGAAAACUCCACUCAUCCAC